AUGGAAAGAAAAGACACUCAGGCGCUUCUUAACAUAGAGGUGCCUGAAUAUGAAUAUGAUAGAACACUAAGCGAUACUCUGGUGACUGACUUUCCCCUGGAAGAAGACAAUAACAACCUUGAUAUUUAUAAAGAGCUGAGGGAUGGACUUAUGCAGGUUCCUUCACGCGACACCUAUUUCAUAACGACUAUUUUUUUUAGCCUAUUUUUUUUGGACUAUUUAUUGGGCCUAUUUGUUUUGCAUGUAAUCAUUUCCAAAGCAAAUGGACCAAAGGAAAAAUAUAGGCCAACAAAAAAAAUAGGCCAACAAAAAAAUAUGCCAACAAAAUAAUAGGCAAAAAAUAGAUAAAAGCAAAUAGGCCAAAAAAGAUAGGCCAAAAAAAUAGGCUAAAAAAAUAGGCAAAAAAAAUAGUCCAAAAAAAAUAGGCCAAAAAAAAUAGGCUAAGCAAAUCAGCCAAAAACAAACAGUCAAAAAAAUAGGUAAAAAAAAAUAGGCCAAACAAAAUAGGCCAAAAAAAGUUUUUAUGAAAUAUCAUUGUGUGAAGACACGACUCAUGCAAGAGCCUGAUCUAAAAUACUCCAUUGACUUAGAAGAAUUAACAAGAAACCAGCUUCAAUAUGUCCCAGAGGACAGCGAUGUAAUUCAAAAAUUCAGAGCAGCCGAACAAAUUUCUUAUCAAGAGCGUUUAGAAGAAAUAAAAAUAUUAGAACGACAAAACAAAGCUAGGCUUCGAACUAAUUUCUUAUGGAGACAGCAAUAUCUCAAAGGCAAUGAAAAAAUUGCCUCCAAUGAAUCAAACCUACGAAAGCGAAAAAUUGCCGAGAGAUUCAAAAGUGCAACGAAGCAGCUUAAAGAUGUAAUAAAACUAAGAAGAAAUGAAACAACUCACAGGAUUGGAAAACUCAACGAAGUAGCCGACAAGGAAAUGAAACGUUGGGAUCGCACCGAAAGAAAACUUUUUGUCAGACUUGAAUUAUGCAGAGCCAUCAAGGAUAAGCUGCCUUGUGCUUAUUUUGUGAUGCUUGUAACUCUAUGAGAUAGACUUGGAGGAACCAAAGUGGAGCUUUCAAAAGAAAAAAGAAUUACGAAAGCAAAAAGACAUGGCGGUAGAUAUUUCCAUAAUUGUUUAAGAAUUGAAGAAACCCUUGAAAUUAAAGUCCCUCCAGCUGCAGACUUAAAACCCUCCAUGGUUCUUUCAUUUGAGCUGUUUAUCUUAAGAAACAGAAUGCUAAAAUAUGAUAAGCCUGUUGCAUAUGGCUACUUUCCUCUAUGCAACUCUGAUUUCCAAAUCUCAGAAGGACUUUUCAAAAUCCCAAUGCUGAAAGGUGAAAUUGACCUAAAAUGUGAAAAAUUUUCUGAUUUGGAAGAAAGAUAUAAAUACGACAUUGAAACUUGGAUGUGCAACUUAUAUUUCUCUAUGAAGCUUGAUUUUCCACCUGAAGGAAUACAGUUAAAAUACCCAGAACAAUUUGAAGACUACCAGUUCAGCGUUACAGGGCCAGAUGGACUGAAGUCAAGGUGGCAAGGAUCCAGAAGGCUGAAAUACAUUUUCACUGAAGUUUUCCAAGACUUAGGCUUCAGAGUCGGCAAGCUUAAAUAUGCGCAGAUUUGGAUCACAUUAUUGAUUCUUGCAUUUGCCUUGUGAAUUGAUAGACUGACACAUUAUUUCGGACAGUAUCUUUUUCUGAAAAUGAGUGGCAUUGAAGUGACUAAAUAUACAGUUUUAUGGAUCACUUUUGAUUUAGAAAGUGCUUCAGACAUGAAAUUUGGCUCAAUUGUAGGCUAUUUGUUUGCUGGGUCUCUUUUUUCGAUUUUUAUAUUUGGGCUGUUUUCACUGCUAGCAUUUUUAGUCUAUUGAUAUCAGGGAUAUUUCCCUGCACUUGGGUUUAGAAUUGGUGUUUUAUUUGGGCUGUGUAUGGUUUUAGACCCAGUCAUUACAAUAGUUGAAUCAAUUGGACUGUCUUUGGGGCAGGAUGAUUGAAGCCACGAUCCUUUUCUGCUGUCAAUUUAUUUCCAAGAUAGAGAAGACAGCGGAUUUUUUGGGCCUUGCAUUACGUUUUUAAUAUAUAUCGCGCUGUCUUCAGCUUGCUCUUUUCUUUUUUAUAACUAUUUGCUGUAUAUCCACAUGAAUGGAAGAAUGCUUGAUACUUAUCAUAGACUUACAUCUCUCGAAAGUGAUUUUUUAGUGCCAUAUGACAGUGAAGUUAGUGAAAAAUACUUGAAAUGGGUAAUAUCAAAGGCUCAUAAAUAUAGGACUUUAAAUGGGGAUGUUAGAAAAGUUGCAGUUGCAGAAUACUAUGAAAGAACUACUAAUCAGUCUUAUUCUCAUAUUGCAAUUUAUAAUGAAGGCAAAGGAAGAAGCUUGUAUAGACAUUUUAUGAGACUCCCUGUUGGUGCCAUUUGUGAGCUUUCAACAAAUCGUCUAAGGGUCUUCGAUGAUGAAGAGCAAUAA